UUGGUGAUAAAUAUAAAUUUGAGGUUAACGUUUUCUUUAUUUAUUAUUAUUUUUUUUAUAAAUAUACAUUUUUUUAAAUAAUGUGGGUAGUCUUUGUGAGGAAUUUCACGUAUCCCUGUGUGUAUACAAUGAAAAAUAUAUAAUUUCUGCCAUAAAGUCUCUUACUGUUUGUGCUAUAGUCUAUAAUAUUUUGAAUUAAUUGAAAUUGUGACUCAAUGAAGUGUUGGUUAAAUUAAUAGCCGCUACCGGGAAUUGUUGUUUAUGAAUGGAAUUAACACAAAUAUGGCGUCCGAACCCUUGAUUGUUCAAGCGAUAUACUCGUUUAAGGGUACAAAUAACGACGAAUUGUGCUUUAAGAAGGGAGACCAAAUUACGAUCACCCAGAAGGAAGAGGGUGGUUGGUGGGAAGGCACAUUGGGCGAUAAAACUGGGUGGUUUCCUAGCAAUUAUGUGAAAGAAUGUAAAGAUUUUCAGACAGCUAAUGCAGCAUCUACUAGUUCGCAACAGAAGCAGUAUAGAGCAGUUGUUUUAAAAGAUUUGAUCGAUUCUGAAAAUGCUCAUAUUUCAGAACAGCAAGGAGUGGUUCAUAAUUUUCUUCAGCCGCUUGAAAAAAGCUCAGUAUUAUCUGCGGAUGAAUACAGACAACUGACCGGCAAUUUUUUAGAAGUAUUAGAAACGCAUCAGCAACUGUUGGCGUUAAUCGAAGAGGAGGCGGCCAAGCCAAGCGAAGAUCAACGAGUAGGUAGACUGUUUCUAAAUUGGGCUCCACGAAUUAAACUAGCGCAUCAAGCUUAUUGCUCGCUACAUCCUAAAGCUGCUUUUAUAUUGGAUAAAUACAGAGAUGAACUUACGACGUACAUGGAGUCGUGCGGUGCGACGACACCUGGCGUUCUUGUGUUAACGAUUGGUCUCAGUAAACCUUUUCGAAGGUUAGAUAAAUACUCGGGCAUGCUGCAGGAGUUGGAGAGGCAUUUGGAGGAGAGCCACGUUGAUCGUGGCGAUACGCAGCGAUCGGUUGCAGUUUACAAGGACAUUGCUGCUACUUGUUUGGCAAUCCGUCGUCAGAAAGAGCUUGAGUUGCAAGUUGUAACGGGUCCUGUGCGCGGUUGGGAAGGUCAAAGUUUGUCUAGUCUCGGCGACAUAGUUUACAUGGGUUCAGUCGCCGUUGGCCCUCAGCAUCACGAUCGCUAUCUUGUGUUGUUUCCCUCAACCCUCUUAAUACUCUCAGUUAGUCCCAGGUUUAGUGCUUUCAUUUACGAGGGAAAGUUACCUUUAACCGGUAUAACAGUUACAAGAUUGGAAGAUAGUGAUCAGUACAAAAACGCGUUCGAGAUAACAGGCCCUCUCAUUGAAAAGCGGACUGCGAUUUGCCAAAGUAAAGACGAAGCUAAUCACUGGGUCGAGCUGUUACGAAAGCACAUGCCUCAUCGAAUAAAUGGUUCCAGUCCAAAGGUUUCUCCUUCCCAAGCAGAACUAGUUCCUCAACCACCACCACAUCUCGACCCGCGAGGAUACUGCAAUCGCACCUCUGUUGUUUUCUUUACCUACAAUCCUUCUGUUCCAUAUAAUCCAACAUUACCUUCAUUGUCGUAUCCAUCCGCAGCACCUUACGCCAAUCUCAGUAAACACUACCGAAAGCUGAUCAAAGAACGAAAAAUUACAAGAAGACUAAUGAAAAAGUUGUUAUACCCAGAAUACCUUAAUAAAAAAUUUGACACUUCGGCAGUAAAGAAACGACGUCAUAAAACAGAGUGCGUUAUAAUACCUAAGGAUUCUUAUCGUAGAAUGAGCGUUAUUAAUUGUGAUAGUGAUUCUUCCUCGUACUCCAUAAGUUCAACUUCAAAUAGUGAUAGUAGUGAUGACGAUAAACCGGACAUAUUUUAUAGAAUAAUUAGUAGUUCUCAUGAUAGGCGAUCGAGUAGUUCAAGUAAUCCUUUUGGGUACAUCCGUUAUUAUAAUCCGCAGACAGGCGAGCAACGGGAGGAAAGCAAAUAUGAAAGCUUCAUCGACUACGGUGAGGUUAAUGCCGAGCAACCACCCUCGAAAGGCAGUGUUUUGUUAACCUCGUCCGUUAACGUUCAACUAAGACAUCAAACGUCAGAAACGUCUGAGGAGAGCUCGAGUUUGGAAGCAAAACCUUAUAUGGCGUGCGAAAAUUUAUUGAACCUCGACAAUGACAUGGCGAUCGAAACGAAUAUCAAGAAAAUGUCAGUGCCUAAAAUACGGCAAACUAUGCCGCCGAAGUUUGUCGCUAAUAAAUUUAGCGAGAACAGUCUCACUUCCAUUUAUAUACCUCCGUGGAAAUCCAAGCAUGACAAGUCCAUAUGUCGUUCGACCGUUUCCGCAGAGCCGACCAAAAGCGAGAGUGCCAGUACAACUACACAUUCGAGCAGUUUAGAUUUAAAUGUGAAUCCUGUUCCGCUUCCCGAUAAAGUUUUGGCUGAGUUAUUGUACAACUUUGAUACCAACAGUGUUGUCUGUUCAGACUCUGUAAUUAAGCCUCCUACCAUGUAUCGUAACACUCAGGGUGAUCAGGAAAUGCAUCAACCAAAGCCCAAACGCCGUUCCAGUAUUCAAUUUAACCCCUCAUCCGAUAAAACGCAAAGUUUUGGUUUGCGACGGUGCGUCAGUUACCAACUGGUAAAACUGGCGGACCCCUCCACAAGCACAUACAUGCCUUGUUGCCGGUGCAUGGAAACUUCACAUGGCAGUUCGCGCUCGUCCGACUCGGGUAUGGCAGGCAGCUGCAAUCUGAAUUCGCCAGAUUUUGCCAUGAACGAUCCUCAGAACGAGAAACGACCUGGCUGUGAUUGUGUAAACAGGUUCGACAUAUGCGACGGCGAUCUCAGUAGUUUAGGCAGCAAUGUAGUGUCUUUUAGUGAAAAUGAAGCUGAAAAAUUUGAGUCACAAUGUCAGUGUACUUCGCCGUUUGGAUCCACACCGCGAACGUCCUGCCAAACGUACAUUUCCGAAAAUAUAGCUACCGGUACGCAAGGUGCCUUGAGGACGUCACUUGUAGACAUUUCUCACGUUCCAACUCCUCAUCCCUGGGAGUCGGUAAACCUAAUCCAUUCCAAAUUGAUGCAAAUUCGUUCCCAAAAUGAAACCUUGAAAAAACAGAGGUGUCCGGCGAGCGUCGACACAGAUAGCAUGUCGAAGUCGAUCGCUUGCAUUUCAGACGAACCGAAGGUGUCGUCUCUAAAGGAAAAGACUACCGUCAAGCCGGAGAUAUAUAAGUCGGGCUUGUACGCUCACUGGUGGUUAAAAGCAAAAAUUCCAAACGAGGUCGUGCGGGGUAUUUACGAAGACGCUCGUUCACCUACCACAGAUGUCUCCUCUAGUGGCAGCACAAGGACUGUCAAGCGGAAACAACCGCCCCGGGACAGGAACUAGCAGUAUUAGCGGAUAUUCAGCUCUCUUCCCCUCUAAUUAUAACGCAGUAGGUAAUCGUGGCUGGUCUGCAA